AUGAGUGUGGGCUUCAUUGGAGCUGGCCAACUGGCAUUUGCCCUGGCUAAAGGCUUCACAUCAGCAGGCAUCCUGGCCUCCCACAAGAUAAUGGCCAGCUCACCAGCUAUGGACCUGCCAACAGUCUCUGCACUCAGGAAGAUAGGUGUAAACCUGACCCCCAACAACAAGGAGACAGUAUACCACAGUGAUGUACUUUUCUUGGCUGUGAAGCCUCAUAUCAUUCCCUUCAUCCUGGAUGAGAUUGCAGCUGAUAUCGAGGACAGGCACAUUAUAAUCUCUUGUGCAGCUGGUGUCACAAUUAACUCCAUUGAGAAGAAACUGACAGCAUUCCAGCCGGCCCCUAAAGUUAUCCGUUGUAUGACCAACACCCCUGUGAUAGUUCGGGAGGGGGCCACAGUUUAUGCUACAGGAACCCAUGCCCAGGUGGAGGAUGGGAAACUCUUGGAACAGCUAAUGAGCAGUGUGGGUUUCUGCACAGAGGUAGAAGAGGACCUUAUUGAUGCUGUUACUGGCCUUAGUGGUAGCGGACCUGCCUAUGCAUUCACAGCUUUGGAUGCAUUGGCAGAUGGUGGGGUGAAGAUGGGGCUACCUCGGAGGUUGGCAGUCCAUCUGGGGGCUCAGGCUUUACUGGGAGCUGCCAAGAUGCUCUUGGAAUCAGAACAGCACCCCGGACAGCUCAAGGACAAUGUUUGCUCUCCUGGGGGAGCCACUAUCCAUGCCUUGCACUUCUUAGAAAGUGGUGGUUUCCGCUCCCUCCUCAUCAAUGCUGUGGAAGCUUCCUGCAUCCGUACCCGAGAGCUUCAGUCCAUGGCUGAUCAAGAGAAGAUCUCUCCAGCUGCCAUCAAGAAAACUUUACUGGAUAAAGUGAAGUUGGACUCCCCUACUGCUUCCACAAAGUCAUCCUCCAAUCUUGUCAAGCUUCUAGUUCAUAGCCAGGCCCCUGGAGGCAAGAAAGACUGAGGCAUCCCCUUUUCUUUUUCUUCUUGAGGCAUCCCCUUUUCUUUUCCUUCUUAUCUUUGUUCCCAGGCACACAGGGAAAAAACAUCUCCAUGUGGCAAUAACAAUUCUUGAUAGAGCAUCAGGAAUUGGUCUAAAGAUGUGGAUACAUUGGGGCUCUUUCUUACAGAGGUCAGCUUGGGGACUUUCCCCUGCCAACUAGAAAGGACAAACUUGUUCCUUUUUCUCUAAAAAUUCAUAGUACUUCCCCUGCUUUAUAGACUCUGAGGACUCCUAUGCUGAAAAGAACAUUUCAGUCUAUUCAGUCCAUACCUUUCCCUUCUCUCAUGGAAAUAACCUUUCCAAGAGUUGACCAUCUAUGGAGAGGAUGCCAAGAGUCUUUGGCCCAACCAUGGUAGUUGAAUUAGACAUACAGGCAUAUUUUGCUUGAGAAAAGUGUGGUUUAUGG